AGCGUCGGUUCGGACCUCCGGGCCGGCGUCCGCCUCCCGACCGCCUCGGCGCCGGGCCGUGGGCGCCAUGAGUUCGGCGGCUCUCGAGAUCAUGGGCAUCUCGGACCAAUCCAGCCGCCUGAGCUUGAAGAAGGCCAUGGAGCAGUUCGGCGAGGUCGUCGGCUGCCACAUGGGAUCCAGGGGGGUGGACAACCCCAUCGUACGCUACAAGACCCAGGAGUUCGCCCAAGCAGCGCUAGACGCCCUCAAGGCUGGGCAGGUGUGGCUGGACGGAAUGAUCCUGAAGGGCGAGUGGAAAGGCUCCUCCAGACCUCCAGGUCCUCCGCCGGCUGUGGCGGCCAGGAACGAGGCUGCGCUGGAUUUGACCAGCAGAGACAUCUUCUCCACGCGGAAGAGCCGUAGCCGAAAGAGGCGGAGCCGCAGCCGACGGCGAAGGCGCAGCCCCAGCCGCAGCCGCAGCCGAAGGCGGCGCCGAGACUAGGCGAACAACCGGUCCGCGGUUCCCGGUCUCAUGCGCGGCCUGCGGGCUGCGGUCGAGCCGCGUGAGCCGCGCGAGCCGCGUGAGCCGCGUGGGCCUGGGGCGGUUCCCCUCCGUUUCGGGGACU